CCUCGCCGUCCGCACCUCGCCCCGCCCCCCGGCACCCCGCCCCUCCCGCAGACCCUCGGCUUGCAGUUCAGCGCCGCCUGCGCCCGGAGCGCUGGCUCCGCCGGCGCCGAGAAAUGAACCAAUUUUGACAAGAUGUAGUGCUGCAGUGUGCCUGAUGGGAUAUGUUCAGUCAUGGCAUCUGAACUCUGUAAGACGAUCUCUGUGGCAAGGCUGGAAAAGCACAAGAAUUUGUUCUUAAAUUAUAGGAAUCUGCACCAUUUUCCAUUGGAGUUACUGAAAGAUGAGGGACUACAGUACUUGGAGAGGCUCUAUAUGAAAAGGAACUCCCUUACAACCUUGCCAGAAAACCUUGCUCAGAAGCUUCCAAACCUUGUGGAACUGUACCUUCACUCAAAUAACAUAGUUGUGGUUCCAGAAGCCAUUGGAUCCCUUGUAAAACUCCAGUGUUUGGAUCUUAGUGACAAUGCCUUAGAAAUUGUUUGCCCAGAAAUUGGUCGUCUGAGAGCUUUACGUCAUCUUCGAUUAGCUAAUAACCAACUGCAAUUCCUACCUCCAGAGGUUGGCGAUUUGAAGGAGCUGCAGACACUAGACAUUUCUACCAAUCGUUUGCUAAAUUUACCCGAGAGGCUUCACCUGUGCCUUUCUCUGCAGUACCUCACCGCGGACCGCAAUCGUCUAUGGUGCGUGCCGCGUCAUCUCUGCCUGCUGCCCAGCCUCAACGAGCUCUCCAUGGCUGGAAACCGUCUUGCAUUUUUGCCACUUGAUCUAGGUCGAUCUCGAGAACUACAGUACGUGUACGUGGAUAACAACAUUCACCUGAAAGGCUUGCCAUCCUAUCUGUACAAUAAAGUCAUCGGGUGCAGUGGCUGUGGUGCUCCCAUUCAAGUUUCCGAGGUGAAGCUGCUUUCUUUCUCAUCGGGGCAGCUCACUGUUUUCCUCCCUGCCGAGGUGAAGGCCAUAGGGACAGAGAACGAUCACGUCCUGCCUCUGCAAGAGUUGGCCAUGAGGAGUCUCCAUCACACCUACCACAGUUUUCUUAAAGAUUUGAACUUUCUGUCUCCAAUCUCCUUACCCAGAAGUCUCCUGGAACUGCUGCACUGCCCCCUGGGGCACUGUCACCGGUGUAGUGAGCCCAUGUUUACGAUUGUCUACCCCAAGCUCUUUCCCUUGAGAGAGACGCCGAUGGCAGGGCUGCACCAGGGGAGGACAACAGUGAGCUUCGUGGCUUACUGCUGCUCCACCCAGUGUCUGCAGACUUUUGACCUACUGAGCUGAUAAACACCCGAGAGCCCCAGGAGCCUUGCCAGCCUGACACUGUGGCUGCCUGCAGAUCGCACCCUGUUUGCGUCCAGCUUGGCGGAACAGGCCCUCACAUCCUGUCCUGUGCCAUGCUAGGGGGGAGCUGCCGAACUCUCUGGAAAUGUCGUGAUGGAGCUUCCCAGCUGAAAUGCCUUCACCCUACCCCCCCACCCCACGUUGGAAUAUAUCCUCCCCCAAAUUAAGGA